ACACUGAGAUUGUUUUUCCUAGAUAUGUCAGCUUACAAAGGACAUCUCUCUCCUCUAAAGAACUUAAUCCCCCAAAAUGUCCUUUCCCAGUAGCUCUCCUGCGGCAAACACAUUUUUAGUGGACUCUUUAAUUGGUGCUUGCAGGACGGACAGCUUUUACUCCAGCAGCAACAUGUACAUGCCGUCUGGCUCAGAAAUGGGAACUUACGGAAUGCAAACCUGUGGACUCCUGCCGUCUUUCGGCAAAAGAGGGGAGGUCAACCACCAAAAUAUGGGCAUGAAUGUCCACUCGUACAUACCUCAAAUAGAUAACUGGACUGAUCCGAAUAGACCCUGCAGAAUAGAGUCGUCCAGUCAGAUGUCAAACUGUACAUUUUCACAGAGCAUAAAGGAAGAGAGUAACUGCUGCAUGUACUCCGAUAAGAGAGUACAGAAAGUCAGCUCGUCAGAGGUCCCUGCAUAUUCAAACGUUAUUCCCGAGUCUUGUCCAGUCGAUGGUCCCGAGAUCCCGGUUCCGGGCUAUUUCAGACUGAGCCAAACUUAUGCGAACGGGAAACAUCAGGAACACUACUGCCAUGAGCCGCCGAGUCCAAACCCAACACUGCUGCAACUCAGCCGGGUCACCCCGAAACCGCAGUCCUCAUCGGCCUCUUCUAAUUUCGCAGAGGUGGGAAAGAAAAGCGAGGACGUCCCGCAAAACCCCGAGACGUCAAGGACACCGGCCCCCGCAGAAAGCCCGGAUCCCAAAUACAGCUCGGGGGAGAAGAUCUGCUCCACGGAAGACAGUGUAUCCAGUCCUGAGCAGCUGCAGAAGGAAGGGAAAGUUUGCAAGAACGACACGCCGACGAGCAACUGGUUGACUGCAAAGAGUGGGAGAAAGAAAAGGUGUCCCUACACAAAGCACCAGACCUUGGAGUUGGAGAAAGAAUUUCUGUUCAAUAUGUAUCUGACCCGAGAGCGCCGCCUAGAGAUCAGCAGGAGCGUCAACCUGACCGACAGGCAGGUCAAGAUCUGGUUUCAGAACCGCAGGAUGAAACUGAAGAAAAUGAGCAGGGAAAAUCGCAUCCGUGAACUGACCUCAAAUCUCACCUUUUCGUGAGCUUGCAUGUUAUCUGUGGUUAUAGCUGUCUGUUACGUUUCCCUCUCAUAUUCAGUUUGGUGCUUUAGUGGCAUUGGACGUUUAUCUUCAAUUUCAACGAAACUGUGACUAUAAAUGCCAAUUUCAGUACUUUGUGUGGUGUCAUGUACUUGUUUUAUUUUAUCACAGGGUAACACUUUUUGGUCUUAAGUUAUUGGAGGAGUAGGUUUCCCCCCCGCCAGUAGACAUGGAUAUUCUGUUGUGUCGCGAUGGCGAGCUGUUUGGAAAGUGUUAGCCUACUCUAUUUCAGUCAUGAAAGCACAUUUCAUUGUCCUGUAGUGCAACACUUGUUUUACAGUAAGUGCAAGUCAUUUGUUCAAUAGUGAAAUGUUUCAAUGGGCCUUUCAAAGUGGCGGAGAACAAUGUUAAUCUGUGAAUUUAUUGCAUGUUUGUGGCAUGUAUCUUGCAAUAAAUUGUCAAAUAAU